GUUUGGGUUGUCACUUCGGUUUGUAUGUUUGUCCGUGCGUAAGCUUAAGAGAUGGACAACGUUUCUACAACUUGUGCUUUUGACUCUCAGGGCUACAGUCCAACUUGCAAGAGACAGCGGACAGUGGAAGACUUUAACAAGUUCUGCACCUUUGUGCUGGCAUACGCAGGUUAUAUUCCAUAUCCUCAAGAGGAAACACCACUGAGGAGUAGUUCCAGUCCACCCAACAGUACAGGCAGCACAGCAGACAGUGACGGAUGGGACAGUCAGCGUCUGGGUAGCAGCCUCCCCUCACCAGGACAACUGACACAGCCCAAGAGCUGCAAGAGCUUUGCGGGGUUCAAACGACCAGAGGCCAGAGGAAGCGAGGAACCGGAGCCCCACAAACGCCCCAAAUCGACCGGCCUCCUCUUAGAGCGCAGGAAGAAAGCCGAGAAGGUAAAGAAGAAGAAAAAGAAACUAAAGAAGAACAAGGAUGACGAGUCCGGCGCCCUGGGCACUCCAGUCGCCAAAGUCGAGGGAGACAUCCCAGGGGUUGGUCGAGCCAUUAAGGAGGAACCGGAGGAUUACGUCAACAUAGCGGUACCCUGCCCACGAUCGCCAGAGACGGAGCGAACGAGUCACCGCUCUCAAAGUUCACUACUGAGCUCAAGCGCCUCUUCGCACGCCGCAGGUUCCGUUGCCUGCAAACAGGAGCCGGCCUCGGAGCCUCCGUGCCGGGAAGACUCGGGGAGCGGAGACAGCGGCGUGAAAGCUGAACCACGGGAGAGGCGCGUACAGCCGGAGGGCGAAUCGACAGUGUUGAAGGUGGAGGGCUUUCCUGCCACGAGGACUGUGAUCCGACAGGGAAAGCAGGUAGUGUUCCGCGACGAGGACGGCUCGGCGGAUGACGAAGACAUCAUGGUCGACUCAGAUGAUGACUCAUGGGACCUGGUGACAUGUUUCUGUAUGAAGCCUUUCGCCGGUAGAGCCAUGAUCGAGUGCAACCAGUGCAACACCUGGAUCCACCUGUCCUGUGCCAAAAUCCGCAAGUCCAACGUCCCCGAGACAUACGUCUGUCAGAGAUGUAAAGACUCUAAGUUUGACAUUCGGCGUUCCAACCGCUCUCGCGUAGGGUCAAGAAAGCACCUUUUAGACUGAUGUUGUCCUGGGCCUUCCACUAAUACACAAACUCCACUGAAUUCCAUGUUUUCCUCUGUCUGUGGAGUAUAGUGGUUGUGGACUGAGAAGUAGAAGGGCUCAAAGACUUGUUACUUGUUACUUCACGUGUUUUAUUUUGUUAUUUUUCUCCCUCCAACCACUUGCAUGGGGCAAUCAAAACGUGGAUAAUUCUUAUUGCAUUAAAGACGGUAGGUUCUCUGACUUGUCAUAGAGAUUUAUUUUUGGCAUGGACACCAACAGCUGAAAUGGUACAUGCAUUAACUGUGUCACUAAAUGGGAGAUGUUUUUCAACAGGAAAGAUGGUGGUGGAUUGCACUUUGUAAGAAUUGGGGAGUAGAUUAAUCUCCCUCCCCUCAGUACCCAGAAAUUUGCAGAUGUAUCUGAAGAAAAAUGUACAGUAUAUGAAAUAAGCAUCAGAUAUAUGUGUAGAUCCGGGGUGCCAGAUUGACACUGUCCUAGGGGCCAUUUUCGCAGCAGUAUUUGUAUAAGAGACGCAGUUAUUAAUAAAUAUUUGGCAACUACAUGAAUCA